ACAUAAAAAUCAAAAAUGGCGUUCCGUACAGCUGUGGGUUGCGCAAUUUAAUUGUAAAUGUGCUUGAAAUUUAUGAGAAAUAAUAAAAUUUAAGUGUAAUAAAUGAUCUAGACUGUGGACAUGUUAUUUUUACUUAAUUCCUAGUGUAAAUAUUCAAGGUGUGUCGGUAAAAUCAACAUAGUGCAAAUCUGUCGUGGACCGUGUAUUUUUUGUGUUGUGGUGAUGUAUGAAAAUGAUAAAUAAUGAAACGAAAAAUAAUGCGGCUGUGUAAAUAAUGUAUCAAUAAUGGGUAUGUUAUGGGGAGCGUUUUUAGUGGCCUUGUCAGGCUCACAUUUUGGAUAUGGAUUACCAAUUGGAUCAACGCCGCAAACCUACCCUUUCGAUGACGGCAGAACAGCGGUUGAGGCUUGGCCCUCCCAAGGAGGAUUGUAUGCUGUGGUGCCAGCAGUGGCACUACUCAUUACAGUAGUCGGAUUGCUCCUUGGGUGUACAUGGUGUUACAGGCAUAAGGACUGCAAGCCAAACCGAGGAGCGGAUAAUCAGCUGUUUGCGGCCAGUGCGACACAUCUGCACGACGUCAGACGCUCGAACCCCCCAGAUUCUGGCUUCUCGGAACCGGUAAACAACAACAUAACAGAGGACAAUAACAAUGGCCCGAUAUCGUUGCGGGAGAUGCAGAACAUUGCUAACAACAAUGCCGCCGCGUACAUAGUCAGCGAGAACGAGGAGAGGAACAGGGUCAGUCGAGAGUCAGUGGUGGAGUUUGAACCGUUACCGGCUGGUAUUAGAGUCGCCGAUCCUUUGGAGCCACACGCCGAUUGGUUUGAUGGCGAAGAUUUCCCCAGAAAUCGAUUGCAGUACCUUCGGGAAAUCGGGCGUGGAUGGUUCGGCAGGGUUGUGGAAGGCGAAAUCGAAGACGAAGGUAGCACAAGCACAGUCGCAGUGAAGAUAUUAAAUCAGAAUGCGUCUUUGGAGGAUAAAGCCAGGUUCUUACAAGAAGCCAGGAUAUACCGGGAUGUUAGGCACGAAAAUAUAUUGGGAUUUAUUGCGAAGUGUGUCACGGAAGAUCCAUGGAUCAUGAUAUAUGAAUUAUGUCCAAUGGAUCUUCAGCAAUAUUUAUUAACUAAUAGACAUAAGAUGGCGGCGUUGAGCGAAGGAGGUGUGCCAUUACGGCUCAUGUGCGACGUCACCGCGGCGCUUGCGCACCUGCACUCCCGUGGACUCCUAUAUGGUAACGUGUGGACGGGGGCGGUGUUAGUGCGCGGCACGGCCGAACACGCGACCGCCGUGCUCGGCAGUUACGUGACGUCUGAACCAAACUUCGACAUCGCCGCUCCCGAGACCAGACGGAAUCCCCCAAUGCACAUGGCCAGCAGCGAGGUGUUCAGUUUGGGCGCGCUGGUGUGGCAGGUGUGCGCGUGGGGCGCCGCGCCCCCUUCCGCGUCCCCCGCUGCGCCCCCGCCCCCGCCCCCGCCCGACCUGCCCUGCGUCUACAGGCCGCAUCUAUAUCAGGUAAUGCAACUGUGCUGGAACACGAAUCCUGACGCUCGGCCUACUGCCAUGCAAGUGCACGCUCUCCUCGACCACUUGUACACGACUCAUACGCGAGCGGAAGAUUCUUCUCGCGACGACGGCUACGGCAGCAGCGAUUUCGAAGAGAGAUGGCAACGACUCAAACCUAACACCAUACCAGUGAAGGACGAGCACGUGGCCAUUGUGCACGCCCCUUCCACAUCCACAGCAUCACACUUCACAGCAUCCGAAGAGUCAGAUAUCCCCCCAACAAUCAACGAUACCCUCAGUGUCGACAUGGACACGGCCGUCUCUCGCUCCAGUAGUAUAAUGUCCGACAGAGACCCUCUCUCCGUCCAGAUUAAGUCUGAAAGCCUAACCAAUCUCCACGGCUCAUUAGAAGACGUCCGCAAUAUCUAUCUUACUCACAACGAGAUGGCCGUUCUUGAAUGCCAUCAAGGCAAUAUGGCUCUAGAAGACAGCAAAGAUAAGGAUCACGAUCGCUCGGACGCCUCAAUGGAUCCCUGGCUCAAAGAAAUAAUAGCCGGUAGUCAGGAUGAUGUGAGCUAUUACAGAGAUGUCAGCGACGUCAUAAAGAAUCUUGACAACAUUUUGAAUUCGGAGAAAACGUCCAGUUCGGAAUCCAGCCAUCAAGCCAGCCCCUCGAGAGAUAAUUUGAGUUUGGAUUGUAAGAAGGAUUAUCCAAUGCAGUCGAGUAUGGUGAAAUCGCCGGGCAUCACUAAUUUCCAGAAUAUCCUUGAAUCCGGCUUUGUUUCUACUUCGCCGGGUAACGAACCAUGUGAAGAUGAUGAUGUCGAACGUGAUACGAUAGGCACUCUCAGCCACUCGUUUGAAAGGCAUAGCGACACUUUAAGCCAGCAAACUUUGGAAAAUUUAACUCCCGAAACGCCUGUCAAAGAUUUAAUUCUGGUCGGUCCUAUUGCACACGAAAACAGAAUUAUUAUAGAAAAACUAGAAAAUGAAAGUUGUAGAAUUAACGAUAUAGAAAAAAUAACAGCAUUGCCAGAGGAAACUGAAUUGCCAAAAGAAAUUAAAGUAGUGAAUAAUGAUAGUCAAAUCCCCAUGUUAAAGGAACUAUGUGUAGCAUCAAUCUCUAGUGUAAGUGAAACGAAGCAUGAAGUAACGAAUGCGACCCAAGACUGUAUGAGAUCAUGUGAUAAUAAAUUAGCAGAUGAAAGAACUGAUGAUAAACAAAUUGAAACUAAGUCAAUAGAUGUUGUAGUGAGAUCUAGUAGCAUUAUAGAAGCAAUAACAGAUGAAGAUAAUGUAGUAGGAAAUCGAGAAGUAGAAAUAGAUAAACAUGAAGAUAUUCGCGAAGAUAAGGUCAUAAACGUCAACGAAACUUCAAUAGGAAUAAAUGAAAACAUUGAAAUAUUGAUUGAGGAUACGAUAAAUACCAAUAAAUUUACUGAAACAAGAUCAAAUGAUGAUAAGAACUCUAAAGCAGUGAUAAGUAGUGAUGUCAUUGAUACAUCACACGACUCCUUAAUAAAAAGCGAAUCCGAUGGUACAAAGGAAAUUGUUAGCAAAGUGACAGAAGUGGUAGACCAUCUUGAAUCUCAAGCACCUGAAUCAGUACAAAAUACUAUCAAUAUCGAACCAACUGCCCCAUCGUUACCCCUUGAAGUUGAAAACAAUUUAAAAGUUAUAGGUUCUGAUAGUAUAUCAAUAGUUGAAUCGUCACCUGAAAUAGUACAAAACAUAAAUACAGAAAAAGUUCUCGAAAUAGAAUCGGAAGUGCAAAAUAAUAUAGAUAAUGAAGAUGUAACAUCCAUAUCUGAACAUGAAGUAAUUACAACAGAAAAAUCUAACGAUAGCACUGCUUAUAUGGAUCUCAUUAACGUAACAAGUAACGAUAUUGUAAAGGAUUGUCCUAUAGACGAAAAUGUUAAAGAAGUCAUAAAAUCUUGCUUAAACUCGACGCAUACAGACAGUAUUUGCACAUUGGUAAAGAAUGAAUCCACCGUUUACAUGGAUUUGCCGAGUAUGUUAAAGGAAACUGAUGUCUUCUUACAUUCAGAAAGGACAGUGAGCAGCCAAAAUAUGAAAUUUAAAGAUAUCUGUUCUAGUACUCCUUUGGGCAGCGACAAAUCCAACGAUGAGACAUUAGAAAAUUCGAUAAAAACUAAUGAAACAGAAAUAUUGUCAGACACCAAAGUGCCAGAUUAUGGUCCAGGAGUAGUACUCACCAAAUUAGAACAACGGUACGUUCCUGAUACCUUGAGCCCUUUCGAAUCGCCCACUAAAAGUCAUCCGACGGACACAUAUGAUGAAAACAGCUCUGUAGUAUUGGGUUCUUUUGAGAAUUGCACAUUAGAGCUUUUCAAAGCUGCUAAAUCUGGGGAAAUCGUUGAUCUGCCUAAGGAGGAACUGUUAGCGUUUUCGUCGAACUUCAGCGAAAUCAAUUUAGAAACUCCAUCGCCUUUGCGCGACGGUAGAUUUCUACACGAAGUUCCUGACAUAAUUCCAGAUGACGACAUACAAUUUGACGAUAUAGAGACCAUCAGUGAAAUAAAAAUCGAACCAUAUGAAGUACAAUCGGAGAGCAAUUCUAACGAGACAGAUGAUCAAUUGGGUACAGAGAAACGCGUCUCACCUUUAACACCGCCGAAUUCACCAGGCACUUUCCUGGUUUCUAGUGUAUCACAGCAGAGUUAUAUAGUAGAUAUCGACUUAGACCCAAUUCCCGGUCCGUCACGUUUGGAAUUAGAUCCUACACCAGCGAUGACUAAAGAUAUUGUGGAUUUAAAUCAGAUAGAGUUGCAAAUCACUACAAAGUUAGCUAUGGCCGAGAACGAGAACAAUUUGAAUAUUGAAUAUUCGGGGCCAUUGAGCGUACAAGGUCUUCAGGAUAUUUCUAAUCUGCUAGAAUCAAAACCAGAAGAGGCUAUUUUGGCAGGAAACGGUGGUUCUUCACCGAGAAAUGUAGAAUUGGAUGAAGAAUGUGUGAAGGCGCUGCGGAAUGAGCUGGAGUUGAAGUUGCCUCUAGCGCAGGUAGCUACAAUACAACCGGAGGGCAGCGUGGAAUGGAGCGGAUCAGUUCCUCCGCCACCCGAGUUGGUGGUGAACUAUCCUGGGGCACUCAGUCCCAUACCCGAGGAGACCAAGCAACAAUUGUCCGCCAUAGAAAAUGAUCUGCCAUGGAGUAUAUCGUCGGAGAGUUACCCGGAGCCGUGUCAGUGGUCGCAGGCGGACACGGCGCCGCCCACGUGCACCUCGCCCGCGGACAGAACGUACACACUGCAACACGAGGAUACAAUGAGCGCCGACAGCUUGAACGCCAGUCCGAUAAAGAAACCGCCAACCGACUCGCCCAUCGACGACAAAACGUUCACGAAACACGACGAUGACGACAAACAAUCCAAUUGCGAAAGAAUAUCGCAAGUGUCGCCCUUCAUUAUCAGUCCCACCACGGAAAAUUCAGACUUUGUCGACAACGGUACGGGCGUAUCCACAUUGUCGAAAACUACCGUGCCCACAGACGCGAAGUCAUCGAAGCCGUCCGAAACGCAAUGUCUCUCCAAAGCCACCAGUAUAGAUUCCUGGUGCUCGAACGAUACUCUCUACAAUGUAGAGGAGAAUUUCGACGAUCUCGCUAUGGAUCCCGAUGUACCGCUGGAAUUCGAGAAAGACGAACACAGUGAAAGCAGUCACACGCUCACACACAACGAUGAAGACAGAGAGUUGAGCCACUGCUCCACUUAUAUAGUCCACGACAGCAAAUCUGAGGCUUGCGAGACUUUUUCACCAGAUUCGAUAACAGCCAAUGACAACUACACGUACACGAAAGCAAAGACCGAUAUGACCGCAGCCACACCGUCGUCGAUCAUCACCAAAUCCGAAGUAGAUUCUGCGAAGAACACCCAAACGAUCUUGUCUAAAGAUCUCGCGUAUGGAACGUUGAUGUCUGGGGUGCCGUCUUAUUCUAACUGCACGACAGAAGUAGCUUCAGCUUUUGAUGAUGUUUGGAAAAUGCAGCAACCCGAAAUGAUCAGAAGAUCUCCAAUGGGAGACGAAAUAGAUGUCACACCACCCAGGUUUACUGAAGAAAAGUAUAGCGUCGACAUCAGCCCCCAAAUAGUGACACAACCCUGUAUCAAUAAAAUGGAUAGUGUCGACAUAUCUUGUCUUCACGAUAAUUUAGCUGAAAGCCAUGAUAAAUCGGAGGAUUCAAAUAAUCAAAAUGCAGAUAUGGAAGCACUCGAUAGCUCGAAUAUAUAUAAAACGAUGGCACCAUCAGUCACCAGUACGCCUUUGACCGAAGUAGUUACCGGCAACGAUGAUGAUCAAGUUAUACCCAUGGAACUGCCUGACACGAACGACAAAACUCCAGAUUUUAUGUCGAAAAAUCUACCGAACUUCCAAACGUUUCUACAAUCGGCAGAAGUCAGACCGCAAGAUUUAUCCCCCUGCAAUGUGGAAGCCAGUAGUCAAGAAACCGAAAUUUUGUUGGAAGGAGAUAGCAAAACAUUGAGUAGGAACAGCAACCGCGACAGCAUGGUGAACGACCGAACGCCAAACUAUUCCGACUUCGAAAAUUCAGCGAUAUGUAAACCCCAAGAUGUCAAUUCGAGGGACAAGUCUAGUCAAAGUAUGGAAAGCGGGAUGAACUCUGAAGAAUUCACACAUUUCGAGAGUUCAGUUAGAAAUCGUCCUCAAGAUUUGUCGUCUGUGAUCGACGCUAGCUCUCUACUACUCAAUAGCGAGAGAAGGUUUAGCGCGUUAGCAAUAACUAAUUCCACAGACUUGGAACAGACUAGUCAAUCUGGCACCCAAGUGAGAAAUCACGAACAGAUGAAAUCUCUAGACGUAAGUCCGCCUAAUAGUACGUUUUUAAUAGAAUCUCAAUACGUAGAUAAGUCUCGAACGACAAGUAAUUUCUUCAUACAAGCAGACGUGGCAGAAGAAACGGAUCAACCUCAUUCAAUUAUCAUAACCGAAAAUGAUGAACUUAUCAAAGAAAGUCCUAACAGAACAUAUGACUCACAUACAGAAGCACAAUUUGUAGAACUGAAUCAUACUUAUGAUUCACACGAAACACAGUCUUUACUACGAGAGAAUUUAGCUAAGAGUCCUGAAACUGAUUCUUCACCGAUAAAAGUCAAUGGCAUCACAGAGUUAGACGAUGAAAUUAAUAUUGAAAAAGACUCCCCUAAGUUAGAAGAAAUUGACAAUACCCAACAAUCAAAAAACAUCGAAGAUAACGAAGAAGAAGCAAAUGUAACUACAGAUGAUAAAGAGGAUGAUAAAGAGGAUGAUAAACUCGUUAAAAGUAUCGAAGAAAUAAAAUGCAAUGGCAGUAGCGAGAAAUAUGCUACUGUACAGUUUCUGAAUGAAACUUUCGAAGAAUUAAUAGAAAGCAAUGUUGAUGAUGGAGAAAACAAAGAAUUACCAAAUGAUAUUAAUGAGACUAGUCAGCUUAAAAACGAAGGCACCGUGUUUAAAAGUAGCCCUACAAAAGAUGUCCAUGACAUUUCCAAAGAAAAGAUUACAAAUGAUGUAGGUGGAAGUGCGGAAGAAAUGCAAAUGAAUGGUACACACGAUACUGAAGAUGAGAAAUUAACAUCAGUCACUGAGAAUUUCUUACAAAAUGAGAAGAAUUUUUGUCAGCUGGACUCGUAUCUACCACUGCUGAGUGACAUACGGUUUACUGGUCCAGCAUCUGAAAUAAUGACCACAUCAUUCACCCAAGACUCACCUACUGAACCAACAUCACCCGAGAGGGAACAGGAUGGCAAAUCGGACGUCGCCGCCGAUAUACUGAAAGAGUGGGACAGCGAUAGUGACUCACAUUCUACCAACUCUUCUAGCGGCGAGUUCAUAUGGAAGGUGAGUUAUUAUUUUAGUACGCACAUCAAAAUAUAUAUAACAUAA